AUGAAGACUUUCAAUGGUACGACCCGCUGAUGUCCGGUGCUCUCUCUGUUUUACCAUGCGCUGCCAUGCAGGCGGGUGGUGCACACUGGAUGUGGAACCGUUUACCACCGUCGAGGAGCUCAAGGUCGAGAUUGAGGACAAGGUGGGCGUCCGGCCCUCCCAGGUCGACCAGUUCUGGGAGGGGUGCCUAUUGCUCGGGCCCCGCCAGAUCCCCAUAGGCGGGAACAAACGCACACUGGCGGACUACAACAUCGGUCCGGAGUCCUCACUGAACUUGAUUGCGUGGGUCAGAGCGGACAUGUUCCACAAGACCAGGUGAGGGCGACACACACUGGCGGCAGAAAGGCGCCCAGGGAUUGGUUGACACAUGCCGUGUUUGUGUGUGUGUGUAUGUAUGUGUGGUUGAUGCAGGGGUCGUCAUGGGUUCGGCCUUGACCUCGUUGUGCAGCGGGACGACACUGAAGAGGAAAUCAACAACAAGGAGGACGAAAACCAGCAGGUGGAAUGAGUGGACCAUUAGCAAGGCAUCUGUGGAAGUGUUCCUCUCUGUCGGUGCAGGUGAAGGCCGCCGACGGAGUGGUGCCCGUUCAGCCAGCCGAUGACGAUGACGCUUUGCAAGAUAUUCGGAACACUUUCGAGAUGAUAAAGGACGCCUUCAAUGUGCUGGAGGCCAAGAACAGUCAGCUGCAGGGCGAGAACAAUAAGCUAAAGGCCGAGAACAAGAAAUUGAAGGCCGAGAACAAGCAGCUGCAGGGACAGCUGAAUGCCGCCAAGCAGCAGUAGCCACCCAGCAGCAGUAGCAGCAGUCGUCAAUUUUCAUUGUGUCGUGUGGUGCCGUGUGGGCGUUUCGGCUGUGUUUCUGUCUGUGAGCCCGUGCGGAUUGACUCAUCGUGGUACUUCCGUUGAUGACAUGCACUGGUUUCGUAGCCACCUGACUGCCUGCCUGACUGCCUGCCGUCAACCGGCCUUUUCUUAUCACAGAGAGGCAGUGGCUGAGGGAGAGAGGGAGGGGAGGGGAUGGGAUGCUCGUGUGUCGUUCCCUCACCCAUGAGUGGCGGACGGAUAUCUAUCGAUGGACCGGUCUGUCUGUCUGUAUUGUGUUGAUGCAGUCAGUGGUGCUUUGCUUUGUGUACUGGGCAUCGGACUGACUGCAUGGGCAGGGAGGCGUUACAUGCAUAGACAAUACCCGGUAGCUGAUGUCAUUGGAUUGAAUCUUUUUAUCCCUAACAUACAAAGUCAAC